AUGUGGCAUCAGAAUGGCAGUGGGCGAAACCCACAAGGGCAGCAAUCAGCGCCGCCAUGGCGCAUGAGCGCAGCGAGCUCCCCACAGAAGGCUGCGGAUCCAGCGGCUGCUGAAAUCUUUGCGAACAGUAAGGUCGAUGCAAACUUGGACGCUCUGUCGCAUGCCGAGAUCAAACGCUGCCUGGAGGAGUAUGGUGUGACUGACCACGCAUCUGGCGUGAAGCUGUUCAGCUCCAAAGAGCAUCUGCGAGAUGUGGAAGCUCUCUUGCCGUUGGUUGGCACUUGGGAACAAGCCAAGAAUCGACGACAGUAUACGAUCCGCUUGACCAAAGAAGGAAAGCUUUCAUGGGAAGGCCUGCACAUCACUGGCGAACCCUUGCUUGGCGCCAUGUACUUCGAGGGCAUGUGGAUCCGCAGUGAGCUCUUCACACAUGGAGAGGUCUUGAUCGGUUCUGUCCGAUUGCGUCAUGGGCCUGACUGGAACGAGCUGAGUCUCAAUUUCAAGACGAGCGCCAGUGCUCAUUGGGGUGUUGACCUUCGAGCGAUGCGUGCCACUUCAGAGCAGCUCAUCUUUCGGCCACUGCUCAGUGAUCCCUAUCCUGGACGGGAUGGCUGGAACUCUGGCGCUGCACAGGCCCUGAGCACCUCGACCCCGAGGGCAGAUGACGACUUGGGUGAUUUGACCGCCGAUGAGCUGAAGGAGUGCUUGAAGGAGUACGGUGUGAGUCAGCCAGGGCGAUGCUGCAAUCAAAAGGGGCUGCUCUUG